CUGAAAAAAAUAUAUAUGAAACAUCUGUUAACGAUGAUAAAAGACAUUUGUUUUAUUUUGUUUCUCCCACAGUGAGUUUCAGGUUUUUCCUUCCAAACAUGCUGUUACUCUUCCAGAUUCUCACAAUCACCGUGGCAGCAUUUGCUAUUGACUGCCCUUCCAGAGAAUUAGUAUAUCCUUGCUCAUGUGCAGUUGAACAAGGUCAAGCAGUAAUAUCUUGCGAAGGCUUCAACAGCAUUCACGAGAUUGAACCUGCUGUGAAACACACCAUCGGUUAUGACGUAAAUUUCUCCAUCCUAAGGUCACAUUUAGGUGAUAUUCCAUCGGACUUUUUCAAAGGUCACAAAUCCACUAAGCUAAAUUUUGAGAAUUGCGUUGUAAAAUCAUUUGGCGACACUCCCUUUAGCGGUCUCGAGGAUUCUUUGGAGAUUUUGUACCUCUAUACAAUCCUUGAUUACAGUCACACAAAUAUGGACAAAUUCAGGCUGAAUCACUUGAAGAAAUUGAAAUACGCUGCCAUUGGUAAUAAUGAUCUUGAUGUAUUGGGAAAUAACUGGUUAUCAGAUGGACCGGUUUCUUUAGAUCAAAUAUCUCUUGUUGGUAAUAAAUUUAAAGGAAUUGGAGAUAAAGCUUUUGCUUCUUUGUCAAACAUCCAGCAAUUGUAUGUGGAUAGCAACAAUAUCAAAACUCUAGCCAGAUCCAUGUUUCCAAAUCCAGCCAAAAUGUUUUGGAUACUAGGCGCCAGUUCAAACGAAAUUGAAGAACUGCCAUCAGACUUAUUUGAAGGAUUUCCAAAACUGGCACGUGUAAACCUUUCUCACAAUAAAUUAAAAUCCAUUCCAGAAAAUGUUUGGGGUAAAAUCUGGAGUCACCUUCAGUCAGUGUUUCUUGAUGGUAAUGAUAUAGUUUGUGAUGAAAACUUGAAAUGGAUCUACAAACAGCAGUUGCCUAGAGAGUUUACGGGCAAAUGCGGACCAGGCAAUAAUCUUCAGAAUAGAGAUUUGAAUUCAUUAAAAUUGGAAGAUUUUCAAUAAAAGCGAAAUGAAAUUUGAAA